AUGCGUCCGUCCAUCGCGCGGGACCCCGGCGGCGGUUCGAGGUUCCCGGCGCCGCGCGUGCGUCCGAAAUCCGCGCGGCGCUCUCGCGAACGGUCGUUCCGUUUCCGCGGACGUUCGAACCCUGCGUCCGCGCCGCGCCGCUGCCCCCCGCCCCCGUCUCGCGCGCCGUUCCGUCCAAUCAAUUCGCCCGCGCUUUCGCCCCGCCCGCCUUCGUCUGAUCAACACCAUUUUCCGAUAACAACGCGCAGGGCCAGGGGCGACGGAUGGAGCUGGAACUGGGACGCCCCAAAGCCCGAGAGGAACCCCGCGGGCUCGCGCGGCCCCGGCCUCAGCGUCACCGGCGGGCGCGACGCCGCAUCGGACGUGGACGGACGCCAGGUUGGCGGAUCGCAGCGCGGGCAGCUCCGCCUCGGGCCCGCGGGAGGACGAACCUCCAUCCCGAACCGCGGCCCCGGCGCCGCCCCGGGACGCGUCGGCGACGGACACGGGUACCCCCGCGCGGGUGCCGCCGCCGCCGCGGCGGCGGCGAACGACCUGCGCGGGUACGUCCCGGCGUACGGACUCGGCGCGGACCUCGGGGGCAUGAACCUGGACGAUAUAAACGACACAGCUGGCGCGACCGCGUACGUCGACGACGACGACCUCGACUCCCCCGAGCAGCACCAGACGCACGACGUCAUCAUCACCGAGAUCGAGGAGAUCAACCUGACGGACUACAUGCAGACGUUACAGGCGCCCACGUUCAGCGAGGAGGCGUUGGCCACCGCGGAUUUUGGGUUCGGCGGCGAUCGGACUUUCAGCGGAUCUGGAUUGUACGGCGCCGGGAUGAACGGGUUUGACGCCGCGGCGAGCCCGAAGCAAGGCGCCGGUGGGGUGAUGGGCGGUUCGGAUAAGUUUCCGAUGAGGUCCGAGACCCCCGGGCGAGCCGGUCGGAGGGUGUGGUCGCGGGGCGGGAACCGAUCGACGGACGCGGGUUCGGGAGGAUUGGCGACGGCGACGCCGGGGAUCGAUCGACCGCAGACGGGCGGCCUGGACGAGGCGGACGUCAACAGGCCCCUUCACACGCACGGGUUGGACGACGACGAGGACGGCGGGGAUCCGGAGGUGGACGCCGACAUCUUCGACGACUCCGACGACGAUUCGUGGGGCGAGGAGACCCACGCGGUUGACACCUUCGGGGGUAACCAAAACGGCGCCGACGUCCUCAGCGACGACGAAGACGGGGGCCACGCGGCUUCCCCGAAGGCCAUGGGCGCGGUCAACCCGUCGUUCGGGGGUUCCGCCAUCGCAGCGAGGUCCCCGGGCGCGGGAGGAGGAGCGGGGGGGUCGUUUUCGGGUUUCGUCAGCGGCGGCGGCGCGUCGCUGCCGGGGAGGCAAUCGCCGCUUCCGGGAUCUUCUUCUUCUUCUUCUUCUUCAUUCGCGGCGUCGCGGGAGGCGCGGCGACGUCGCGAGGAGGAGGGUGACUUCGUCGUCAUGUCCACGCCGUCCGGUUUGCGACGCGUGCCGUCCGCGAGGCGCAGGCCCGGAACCGGCGGGGGCGGCGGCGGGGGCGCGAGGCCCGGCGGCGGCGGCGGCGGGGGAUGGCCGUCUGGAGCCGGUUUCAAGGACGGCUCGGGCGGCGGCAAGGCGGAGGUUGUCGCGGACGUGUACGGGGCGAAGGAGAACGCCUCGAUCCCGCCGAGGGGGGCGAGCGCAGGCGGGUUGGGGUUGCUGCAGCGGCCGCCGAGCAGGCAGCGGCCGCCGCCGGAGGCGACCAAUCUCUUCGCGAGGAGGGCGGCGGCUGCGGCUGCGGCUGCGGCGGCGCCGGUUGUGCCCGGGCUGAACAAGGUUUCGAGGCCCGCGGGGAUGGCGUCGAACAUGAUGUUCUCGCACCGACCGGGUCAGACUGGGGGAUGGUGA